CCCCAAUUCAAAUGGCACAUCUGCCGCUACCUGUUUGAUGUCCGUCGUCUCUUCCCUGGGGUGAGUUCCUGUGCGUUUCCUACGAUCGGUGCCUAGGCCUGCUUGCCGCGAGAUUUGAGGUCUACAGACCUGCGCGAAUUCUUAUUGCCUUCGACAAGGGCAAAUAGGGAUCCUUAAGAAACAUCUGCCGGUGGAUCUGGGUAUUGGGGCAUCGGAUGCGGCAGAAAGAAAUGCGUGAUGGUGAGAUCCCUGACGUGGACUUCAUAAAGAGCCAUUCUCAGAAGCUAGAAGAUGAGUUACAAAAGCUGGGACUGAAAAUUAAACAUCAUGAGGACAACCUGAAAUUUCUUAAGGCUCAGAUGAACAGCAUCGAUGAAUCCAUUCUUGAUAUGCAAGUUAAUCUUGGAAAGUAUCAUUCGUCAGCUGGAGCUGUGGACAACAACGACUUUUCUACCGCAAACACUGAGAAGCAGACAAUUGAAAACAUACUAAAGCAGGAGCAAACUGCAGCUGGCAUUAUAUGUCAGUUGAAAGUUUAUCAUGCAGUACAAGCAUCGAAGUUACCGUUGACCAAGGAUGUGCUGGGCAUCGUAGCGACACUUGGGAAAGUAAAUGAUGUCAACCUUAGCAGGGUUUUGUCAGAUUACUUAGGACCUGAAAACAUGUUGGCUAUUGUUUGCAAGACAUAUGAAGGUGUUAAAGAGCUUGAGAAGUAUGAUAAGGAAGGCAUGAUUGACAAAAGUUAUGGUCUUCAUGGAAUUGGCAAGGCUAUCGGGAGGCAUCUAGAUGGAAGAUAUCUCGUCUUUUGUAUUGAGAAUUUAAGACCAUAUAUUGGUGGAUUUGUGCCUGAAGAUCCUCAAAGAAGACUUGCUUUAUUGAAGCCAAGGUUACCUAAUGGGGAUCCUCCACCCGGAUUUAUAGACUUUGCUGUCAAUAUGAUUGAUGUGGACCAUAUGCACUUAUCUUGUAUCACAGCUAGUGGGCAUGGACUUCGAGAGACUCUGUUUUAUAACUUGUUUUCUCGCUUGCAAGUGUAUAAAACUAGAUCUGAUAUGCUACGUGCUUUGCCUUUUUUAAGUGAAGGUGCCAUCUCUUUAGAUGGGGGCAUAAUGAAAAGCGGUGGUUUGUUUUACCUUGGUGGCAGGAACUGUAUUGAGGUAAUAUUUCCAAUAAGCUCUGGAAUAUCAAGACUACCCACAGAUGUACUUGAGAUUGAGGAGCAGCUCAAGCUUCUGAGAUGGCAGAAAGAAAGGCUUCUUGAAGACAUGCAAAGAGAAGAAACACUGCUAAACCAUGUGAAGACGAUGUUCAGCACCAAAAAAGAAGAGUAUGUCAAGUACCUCAGAGAGACUGCACAAAUUUUGCAACAGAAAUUGGGUGAUAAUUUUGGUGAGUGGCAAAGAAAUAAUUAAAUUGGUCUUCAAAGGUGAUCCCGAGUAGUUUCAUAUGAGGUGAAUAUCCGUGUGGAACAUUUGGCAAGUUAAAAUUAAUACAGCUACUGAUAUGCAAGGCAAUGUAUUCGCAAGCUCUCAAGGUAAGCAUGUUUCAGACCAACUUGAAAAUGCUUUUCUCAAACUGGGAGAAUGCACUUGGAACACAAUGAUGCUUAAAAGACUUUCGUAUCUCAUGGCAAGGCUCUAAUUGUCAUGUCUGAGCAUGAAAAAGAAUAAUGUAGUGGCCAAUUUUUUUUUAUUUCUGGCAAUUUUAAAAAUUCUUUGUUUCUAGCAACUUGAGUCUUUUUUCUUUGGCCAGCAACUUGAAUCUUUAAUGUCACACCUGAUACAGUCUGUGUUGCUUUUUCUACCUCAAAGCACGUUUAAUGGAACUUGAUGGUUGUUGGUUGUGAUA